AUGGUAUCGAUGGUUUGUGCGACCAAAACAAUUACCAUUAGUAGCACCAGUAGUAGUAGCAGUAGCAAAACUAGUGAUGAUUUGAUACCAUUGGAAACAUAUCAACACAGACAGCCACCACCACCGCCACCGCCAUCACCACAUGAAACAUCAUAUGAUCCGUCAGCACCUGAUUAUUAUAGCCAUACAGUUCCCUAUAACAAGUAUGACGAAUCGCCACCACCRCCGCCRUCAACCCAAUUGGAUUAUAUCAGUCAUCCCUAUCCGGUCCACGAAACGCCCAAAAGUGAAUACGUUUCCCACUAUUACAAUAAAAUGCCCAAAAAACGGAUGCCAUACACACAGUCKGAUGAACAGCCAUACUAUAGCCAUACUGGCUAUUCAGGCCAACCCUCUCCGCCAUCAUCACCAGCCAACCCAUCGUAUCCGGUCAGCUAUGGCUAUGGAGGUCAGUCACCGCCACCACCACCACCGCCGCCACAAAAAUACUCUCAUUCAAUGCCAUUGUAUUCAGACUAUGUUAAGUAUAAGCCAUACAAAAAAUAUCAGAAACCCGGCGGCGGCGCCCAUAUUAUGCACCCAUCGGUUAUGUAUCCCAUUGACGAGUACUACGAGUAYAAACCUAUCAUGAAAUCUUCACCGUAUAGCCAUCCACACCCGUCCCCUUCAUCGCCAUCCAAACAUUCAUAUAGCUAUCCAUUCAAACCCGAUACCUAUCAAUCACACCCACACUCACCACCACCACCACCACCGCCCCACUACASUAAGCCAUACCCAUCGCCAGCACCGCCACCACCACCACAUAGCUAUUACCCGAAACACGCCUACACCCAGAAAUACAUACCRACCUCUCAUCAAUCGCCACCACCACCRCCACCACCUCACGCCUCCUACGAUCCGAAAUCUGAAUACCCGCCAGUUAUCUAUGACGAGCCAAUAACCUAUUAUCCAUCCAAUGGUUAUCCGAAAAAGUAUUGA